AUGUUUAAAUUCAUCGUACAAAGAGGCUUGCCUAUUCGAACAACCCUUUCUUCCUUCAAUCAUUACGCACCGUCAUUGUCCUGCGUAGUAGUGAAUCAUCAUGGCUCUUCAUCAAAAAGUCUCCGUUUCUAUUCCACCGCCUCCUCUACCAGCGAUGAUCAGCAACUCAAAACACAACAAACAGCCACACCAUCGGAAUCAUCACCAACCACAACAACACCCGACAGCACAAACACUAAUGUAAUGGAGGCCACGACAACAACAGCUGCUGAGCCAUACGAAACAAAAACUGCAAGAUACACGCUAGGUUCUGGAAAAUCAUACAACGGCAUUCCAGUUCAUACUCCACCUACUCAUUUUUCUAAAAGGACUGGCUUCUUCAGUACAUUAUUCAGAUAUACCCUAUACUUUUUCUUGUUCUUUUGGAUUUUCAGUGGAUAUCCAAUUCACACAGUCUCAAGCUUUAUAUAUCGAUUAAUGCACGGAGAACCACAAGAAGAAAAAGACGAUCAAUAA